UAAGGAUUCUAAGAAUCAUUAUAUUGAUGACAUGUGGUUACAAAAAAAUGUUGUAAUGCUUUUCGCUUAGUAUAUAAGAGAUUUUGUUUUGAAGACGAAUAUGAUUCCACGGAAUCCAAAGAAGUGAAUAAUAUAAAUAAUAAUGGUACUUAGGUUUUUUUGGUCAAAAAUAAUGGUACUUAGGUAGAUCAAAAAAAGUGGACGUUUCGGUGCUUUAGAAACGAACAAGAACGGGAGUGUCUCAAGCACAAAAUGUGACACCAUAAAACAUAGAAUAUUCAUUGAUACUGAUGACAAAAAAUAAAAAUAAAAAAAUUCAUUGAUACUUAAUGGCAAUCAUGCAAGAAAUAAAGUAAACUAAAUGCACAUGAACAAAGCUGAAUCCAAUUUUAGAAAAAAAUAUAGGAAUAUAUAACCUCUUCUGAACCAAAAACCGCAACAAAAGUAUAAAUUAUCUCUAUGCCGUAUUUAUUCCACAAAAAAAAUAUUAUGUGUUUAGGUCUAGUGGUAUUAGCAAAAAAAAAUUAUAUAUUUUUUUGAUGAAAUGGUAAAUUUAUUGAUCAUCAUGAAAAAGAAUGGUUAUUUACAAAUAAAUCUAGAAACAUAACUACUUUAAAUCAUUUUCUCACUCAAUGCGUGCACUAAACUAACGCUGUAACAGGCCCUCUAAUCCUUUCUUCUCAUGGUAUCAAGUAGAUACGAUCCUUUGUCUGAUCGUCUUCUCUAUCACUUUUGCAAGCUGACUUGCUGGUCGACUCUUUUGUGUAUGUCUCCUCUCAUUUCGCUGGCGCCAGAUAUAAUAAACGGUGAAGCUAAUCUCAAAUUUAUAUUUUUGUAUUUCAGAUUCAUUUUUUUUUAAUAUAAAUUGUUAUUGUUCAAUUAGAGUUUUAAAACCUAAAUGAAAUUAUUAGCAUAACCUUGUUGUACUUAUGAUUGAUCUGCCGAUUUUUAAGUUCUGUUUUAAAAAUUCAUUUACUCCCUAAGUCCUUAAAUCAAUUUAUUGGAUUAUCAAAUACCAUGUAUGAGUAUUGUAAUAUUAAUAAUUAUUUUUUAUUUUACAUUUUUUAUUAUUUAAAUUUUUGUUAAUAUAAAAAAGUUAAUGUCUAUUUUGUUAUUUUUGACAUCAUACUGGUUAUUGUUAUUUUGUUAAUAUUGUAGGAAAUAUUAAUGUUUCUAAUGCAUUCAGUGAUACUAGGAUUCCUUUCAAUUCACAGCUACAGGAAAUAUUUGAUUUCAAAUCAAAAUUGGUUAAUAAUAAUUUGAUUGUUACUAUAGAAAAGAUUUACAUCCACUAAGUAAAAAUAUGAAAACAAAAACAAAUUAAUACAUCAAUUGUCAACAUGUAUAUCAAAGUUAGAUACUCUAUAAUAUAAAUUGAAAAUGUGUAUGUAAUUUAUAAAUUUAUAUUUAAGUAAAAAAUCACAUUAAAACCAAAAUUUGUUAGACAUAUAUAUUAAUCCGCACGGCCCUCAUUUUAGUAUAUAAACAAUGAUAAUUUCGUAAAAAGUUAUGUGUUUUACCGAUUUUGAAAUAAAGCAAUAUCACACGUUAAAUCAAUAAUAUUUUAAAAGUUUUACUCGAGAUAACUAGUCUGAUAUUUACAAAUACUGUAGCGUUUUCUAACUAACAAAAAACCAUGGUCACUAAGUUCAUUUUUUUCUUUAAUAUAAGGAAGAGCUUUCUAGGGACAGUUCACCAAACUCAAAGAAGACGACAAAAUUAAUAAACGAAAACAGGUCUGCUUCUCGACUUCAGAGUUGCAAGAAGAAAACAGAAAGAUGGUGCUUAGAAGCUCCAUCUCCAACACAAAAAAAUUCUUCCAAAAAACUAUCGACAAUUUCAAAUCAUUUUUCUCCAACAAUGCUACCUAUCACAAACUACCUAAAACACCUCAUAACAUUUCCAUCAACGAUCAUCAUCAUCAAAACCCAAAUAACAUCAUAUCAUCAUCAUCGACAUCAGCCAUACAUAAGCAGUUACAGCCUAAAUCCAGAGAUUAUGUGACCAAAAACAGAGUUUUGACUCAACCACCGAGAAGAGGAGACAGAGAUGAGACACUCUUUUCCAAACCAAAGGUUGAGCUUGUUCUCCUAAAGCUACAAAAGAUGGAGGAGAUAAUGAAUGGUGAUAUAAUAAAUGAUGAGGAACAUGUCUUAGAUGUUCGGGAGUUCCUCGAUUGCUACUCUCGUCUUCGUUGCGCUGCUUACAUCGAUGUGGUUGAGAAGUUUUUUAUGGAGGUCUACUCUGAUUUUUUUAGCCCUCAACCUCUCGAGCACACGACUAGAGUGGUCGUUCAAUCACGUUACCCCUACGGUGGCCAGAAUAACUGAUGGAAAUUCUGAUAUGAUGAUCUGUCUUCUUUAUUUUAUUUUAUUUUUUUGCUUGUCAUUUAUUUUUUAACUUCAUGAUCUUAUUCCCUGUUGUGUGGCUGUAUUUUACUAGUUUUAUUUUUACUCUAUUUUAUUUUUCUUAUGAAUUGUAAUAAUAAUAAAAAAAAUUGCUUAAAGUUGUACGAGUUAAGAUCAUUUUAUAAGAUCAUAAUAAGGACUUA